AUGUCGAUACAAGAGGUAGGUAAGGCUAUCGGCAGAUUUGCUUCUCUACGAAGAGCUAAGACAGAUUGGGACAAUGUGGGUGUUAUAGUGGAUUCAGGGACACAGGACAACAAAGUCCUCUUGACAAUAGAUCUUACGGAGCCCGUACUGGAGGAAUGUAUUGAGCUUGGGAUUAAGAAUAUUGUUGCCUACCAUCCUAUAAUAUUCAAGGCCAUAAAAAAGCUUGGUUCUAAAGAAUCUAUUGUAAUAGAGUGUAUUAAGAAUGGAAUCAACGUCUUCACUCCACAUACAGCUCUAGACCCGUUGAUGAACAACUAUGUAUACAGUCUGGUUAACAGUGGUGCUUUCCUCUACAAAAAGAACUGUGGCCCUAAUUUCUCAACCAUAAGAAAUGCUAUAACCAUACUCAAAGAGAAGAGUGGAAUAAAGAACUUCAGGAUAUGCUUAGCAAGAGGACACACAAUGGAGAGUAUCCCGGAGUCUAUGCAUGUGGGUGUGGGCGCAACAUUUCGUAAUGUACCUCUCAAGGACUCUAUCGUUGUUACCGGGGAAAUGCACCAUCACGAUCUGCUGUUGUGUAUUGCAAACAACGCAAGUGUCAUUCUAAUGGAGCAUAGCAACAGUGAGAGGAUAUGUUUGAAGCACAUUUCUUCAAAGCUGCAAGAAGAGCUUCCUGGAUACGAAAUAUUUAUUUCGACCAGAGAUAAAGAUCCUGUUAUGAUAAUAUGA